AUGAGUACCGGAAGUACACUAAACCAGCGAUCGGGAAAGCCUGUCAAGCUAAGGGCAAGCUGUGAUUUCUGUGCCCUGUCGAAGGUCAAAUGCGACCGCGGCCAGCCACAGUGCGUACGGUGCAUCAAGAGCGGGAUUGACUGCAACUAUAGUGAAUCCCGUCGCAUUGGUAAGGCCUGGCACCAUUGUGCACCUUCGGCAGUAAGGUCUACUAGCGCUACCACACAAGGCACUCGGAGAAAGCAGCAGACGAUAGCGCAACACUCACCAAGGCGGAGAAUCCACCGAGAUACUCAAGCCCUGAGCGCAGCGGACGACGCCAUGUCGCCAUAUGACCCUUCUGGUUAUGCGACACCCUUCAGCAUGUUUCAUACCCUGCCUUCCCCAGUUCCUGAGUCAACUAUACGAUCUCAAACUCACAUUGAAUCUUACCCAAGUCUCGAUGGAACGAUGGCACCAAUCCUUUGCAGCCCUGAGUCAGCUGACAUAUCUCUCCCUGAUAUACCACACGUGGCACAAUUACGAACGAAUGAGCUGGAGGGAGAAUCCCCAUCCGUCUUACAGUACAAUCCUUCGUGGGACAGGAUCAUGGCAGAGCAUAGUACCGCUAUCGGGGAUGCUGGAGACUGCAUCACACGCGCAGCCGCAGUCUUGAAGAGUGUACGUGACCCACGGACAUCCUGCGUGCGAUCGAGAACUCCCCCGCGAAGUCAUACACAAUCCUUAGAUGCGACACUCGAUGACGGUCGUACGGCAAUGGACACAGUAAAGGACAUCUUGGCUUGCCCCUGUGCCCAGGAAAUACGCGUCGCUCUGUUGCUGGUUCUUAUCAUCCAGCAAGUUUUGGAAUCCUACCAAGCACUCCUGACCCAACAGCAUGAUACACCGCGAGAGGAGUCGCCCUUGGGCAUUAACCUGUCUAGAUACGAUACGCCGAUGGCUAUUGGUCGAUACCUUCUGGAUAAUGAAUUGCGUUCAAAAAUUAUUGUCCAGGUCCUUUCGUCUGAGCUUGAGAAGAUCGGAUUGAUUCUGGACAUUCUGACCCGGCAUGCUCAAAGCAUGGCCCAUCAGCCUGACGAGCUGAUCCUGGGGACUUACAUUGACUCAUUACAAACAACCAAAAAAGAGGUACUAGAAUCGCUUGAGCAAGGAAAUGACAUUUAG